AUGAAUUGCACCUACUAAGAGAAAAAAACUAUAGCUGACAUCUGUGCUUUCGUUAAAGAUAUCAACGAACAAAUAUUUGGUGUUAUUUUAGAAAUAUUUCGAAAGGAGAAAGUUUAGGAUUGUACCACCUAGAGAAUCAUCUCAAAAUAUUUAUAUAAUUUAUUUUGUGGAUGGAAAUCAAAAAAAAUUGAAUAACUCAUUUUUCAAGGAGUGAAUUUAGAACAAGUUGAGAACGAAUAGAAAUGGUAUGAUGUUAGUAAGGAAAAGAUUUCUGAUGUCUUAAAAAAAUAAAACAUCAUGUGA